GCAAUCGCGUUGAUAAAAGAUCCCUCAUCCCCCUAAAUUCGUCAAAGUGUUCUUGGUCUUGCGUCUCGUCGCUUGUGCGUCUCGAAUUAUUACUCACGAUCGUCCGAUCGGUCCGAUCCUCUUUGAAUUAGCAAGUUAUUAAGUGUUUCCUUCCAUUAUCUAACUGAGUCUAAUUACGUUGCAUUGCCAGUGAUUGUUCUAUGUGCUGUGCGUAACCUCAAACUCACCUUGGCUCGUGAACUUAUUGAAUAAACUUUCGAAGUUUGAAAUCAUGGCCCAAAACAUGAAGAAUGUUUCCAAACUCCCCAUCUUCUCUCAAAUCAGGAGAUCCAUCUCCUCCACUGCUGCCAAGUGCAAGGAGCUAAAUACGCUAAAUGCACAAGCUGCCACAGAAGAAAUUGGGCACCACACUGUUGUAGUCACUAAUUUUCAGAAAAGGCUUCUAGUCCUUGCGAAGAAAUACAGCAGCAUCGCUGAAGUUCCCGAAAGAGUCUCACUAGACAAACUCCACCGAGCCCAGGAUCUUUUCCGUAUCAGAAUGGCCACCUACUCUCUGGGUUUUGUCACUAUUGGAGCCUUGAUCAUGAUCAUCAGCGGCAAGAAUGCUGCCCUCCGAGGUGACAGUGUUGAACACAGAAGUGAAGAGUGGCACCAAGAUUGGGAAAAGAAACAUGCAGCCGAAAUAGCCGCCAAAAAGGCACACUAAUAACCUUACUCCUCCUGCAAAUAGUCAUACCAUCGAAUAGCUGUAGCUGUGACUUUUUACUGAUUUUCAGCUCUUCAUAGAUGCGUCUUGAUUUUGAUGAAAUUGAAUGUUUUCUCUUGUGAUCUUGUAACCCUCUCAAUGUGUACAAAUGAAAUCACUGAGGUAGAGUGACAUUUAGCAUUAUUACAAAAAUACGGUCGAUGCCUCAUAAAAGCAUGGUGUAAGGCAGAAAAAAUUUCAAAGCAAUCUAAUUCUCUAUUUUUUUGGAUGAUCAAAGCGAAAGAAAUCAAAAAUAUGUCAUAUCUACCUUUGUCCUGUGAAUGUCAGAAGUCAGUUUGUUUGUGUGUGUGUGCAUGUUCGUAUGUAUGCUGCCGGCAGAUAAUCUUAAGCGUGUGAUAAAGACAGCUAGUGUAAGUGUUAAGUAAGACUGAUGAAAGUGUUUAUUGGAUGUUAUGAAACGAUGGAACUGUCCCCAAUGUUCAGAUAGAGGUGUUUUUAUGAUUAGAAGUAGGUUCGUUUCCUUUUACACAUUAUCAGUUAUAAGCGUUUGGAUAGAUAUGUUAGACAUAAUUCAAUUUUUUUUUCCACCUUAUAAUUGAACUUUAACAUGGCUGAAUCUUGACAAAAUUCAGUACCUAGAUACUAAAAUUAGUUUUCACGAGUUUAUACUAUGCAACAAUAAGUCACUAAAGUAAAGAAUGUAAGUACAAAGUUAGCUAAUGUUAAUGCUGGGUAGCUGUUAGCAUGGUGGGUGUCCUAAUUUUUGUAGAUUUAACUUAUUCAAGUAAAACUAAACCUCUCAGUAGUCUUCUCCUUGCAGCUUAUCUAAGUGUAACAAAAUGAGAAUUUUGAAAAUCAAGGGUUAUCUAUGAACUAUUAUUUAGUCAUCAGGUUAUUUUCAUAACUGUUUCUCUGUUAAUUCGCUUUGAUUCCCUUGUUCUACCGCUUCUCAUUUUGUCAUUUUUCCCUAUUUUUUUCGUUUUUUUUUUUUUAUUUAGCUUUAUCUGUAACAUAUAGGAGAAUAUUUAUUUAUCCUUGUGUAUUUUUCAACAUCGCUUUUGAAGAUUUUUUAAGGUCAUGAGACUCAUUUCAAAGUGGCCAUCUUUUUACUUGCAGUUUUAGUCAUCUUUCACAAUUAUUCAUCUGUUUAUCCAUUCGAUGCUAAUUCUGUCCAGCAAAUUCCCCCUCUUCUUCAAUUUGAGAUGAAUCAAAUCAAAAUUAUUUACUGAAAAACCUACUUUUACCUAGAUCAGAUCAACCUCAGUUUGAACUUUUAUUCAGUCUGAAAGUAUCCUUUAACUGUGAUCUUAAUUUUUAAAUUUUAAAUUAUUGAGGCAAUUUUUCAAAAUUUAAUCAUGAAGUGUUUCGACCUUCCUUGUAGGAUAAUCUCAUGGGAAUCGAAGUCACUCUUUUUUCUUUUCAGUAUCCUAAAUUGGAGUUUCUGAAUAACUCCAGCUGAUUGUAUGUAUCUUAUGUUUUUGAGCAAAGGCUUCUUUCAAACCAUGGACCGUUGACUUUGUCUUCUAACUGUUCAUUUGCCUGUUCCUUUCCCAUUUGGCUCAUGCUCAAGCACAAAAAAAUAUGUGGAUUAUCAAAGAAAGAAAGAAAACAAGUCUGCAACUAAAGUUACCGCAAAAUUUUUAAGCUUUCUUAUGCUCAUUUGAGUACAAUCUAGACUGGAUCUCCCAGUCAGUUUGAGAUUGGUUAGCUGAAAGGCAGAACUAUGAACUCCUAUGACUUAUGCAACUGUUGGCCAGGAAUAAUACGAUUUUUAAUGCUCAAUUUUUUGGUAUAAGGAAGUUAAAGUAGCAAUCAAAAACAAUCAUAUUCUUGUGAUAAAACUAAACCAAUAAUUUUAUAAUGCCCCAUAGAUCGUUUUAGAUCAUUGGGCUGCUCAUUAUCAAUCUCAAUCUCACUUGUUCUGAUUGUCACAUGCUGUAUCGAACUUCAAAAUUCGGAGAUGAAUCCUUUGAACUAAGUUGAGUCCUCAGUUUUAUUUAUUUUCUUUUUUUCUCAUAUUGAUUUAUUUUGUUGUGUUUUAGUUAGCAUUUUGAAUUUAGAGCUGUUAGUUUUUAAGUUUUAUUCAUUAGAUUUGUAAAUAAUGCUGUCUCAUUUUUAUUAAAGAUUAAAUUAUUUUAUCACAAAGACUGA